AUGUCCCAUGCAACGCGGGUGCAGCCCUUUGCGGUGGGCCCGUCGCUGCCAGCGUCGUGUGCGCUGCCUCGCCGUGUCGUCCUCAACAAGCGGUCUUUGUGCACAAGCUUGCUCCUCGUCUUGAACCUCGCCGUCAUGCCACUCAAAGCCUACGUCUCCGAGUCGUUCCCGUGGCACGACCGGUCCGACGUCUGGGACUACGCCGCCAACUGCAGUCGGAGCUACGACUUGUGCCACGCCGGGUGGGCGCGGUACUUUGAAGCGCGCCAGCCAGCCUUCGGCGUCGCCUUUGGCGAGGACUAUGACGUGAUCCAGGAAAACGUCACGAUCCCCCCCGGUGUGCGCAACGUCUCGGAGGCGCCGCUUGCUCACUUGACGUACGCGGCCUUCCAGACGCCGGCCCAGCGCGCGUAUGUGUUGGCCGUGCUUGCGAACCGCGCGCCGCUCGCCAACUUUACGUUUCUCAAUACCGGCCGUCUCCUCGGUGUGCCCACGUCGUACUCGGUCGCGUGGGGCGAGAAGACGACGAACGUCUCGUGCAUCUGGGUCGGGUUUCACACGCCGACGUACUCGACAGCGUGGCUGUUUGCCAAGUUUUUCAGCCGCCUCUUCUUGGCGUUGUACAUUGUGCACUGCGUGUGGACCCACUACUACCGCGAGUACGCCGUUUUGUAUUGCAACCUCACGCAGUUUGGUCUCCCGACCACGCACGCCCGCGCGUUUGAGCUCGUCUUGGGUGACCCGACCAGCAUCAUCCUCCUCAACCCGUGGAUCGCGACGGCGUUCGUGCUGGACUUUUGGCUCAGCACCGAGUACGUCUCGCGCGCCUUCUUGCGCAUCUCGCAGACCGACAACGCGCUCAUCUUUGUCAUUGCGUGCUUCUACCUCUCGCGCACCGUCUGGUUCGCCUACGGUGCGCUCUCGCUCACGUCGCGUGUGCUCAAGCGGCUUGGGAAGGAAGACGCGUUUGCAGAAGUGGACCCGAGUAUGACGGCCAUGGGCGUGGCGCUCGUCGCGGGUCCCUUUACGUGCCUCCAGUUCCGUCUCCUGCUCUUCAUCGACUUGUAUCACUACCUCUUCACGUGUCUCCUCACGGCCGAGCAGCAAGCGCGCGGCCUGGAGAUCUCUCUCGCGGCUUUUGUCUAUACGAUGCUUCUCGGACAGCUCCCGCUUCUGUGGGGCUUUGGCCUUGCGUCAUGGCGCCGCGCCAAGCCAAAGCACGCCUUUGCGUCAACCUCGUUCAACGACUGGAAACACCGCUUUUGUAUUGGGCUGGCCAUGGCCCGCGGCACCGACGUUGUCUGCGGCGGUUCGAUCUACGCGCUCUUUGCGCGCCACAAGGGCUGCAAGAAGAACGUGUGCAUAAGCCAGCGCGGCGCCGACUGCUUUGUGCUGUAUGAAGACGACGACGGCCGACGCACGAGUGCCCGACUCAGCUUGCUGCGGUGCGUCGACUUGCGGCGCGUCGUGGCAGUGACUCCAGUGCAUGAUGUCGCCGUCGGCACCGUCCUUGCAAACAACGAGGGCCACCAAGGUGUUCGGAUCACUGUCGGAGCCAACAACUGCAUGUGGCUCCUGUAG